AUGCCGGUCAUAUAUCUGCAGACAGGCGACGGGACGCGGGUUGCGGUGCCAGAGGGGGCCGGGGAGCUCUCCCUCGUUGUGCACCUCGCACUAGAAAUAUGGGCGGAAAGCCACUGUUCGCCGAUUACACCAACAGAAGACGAUGCCGAUAAUAUUUGCAUAAACAGUGGAAGCAACUCCGAGCGCACCCCCGACCGCAUUCUUGAUGAGGAGGAGGAAGAGGAGGACGACGAUGACGAUGACGACAAGGACGGGGAGGAGGAGGACGAUCAGUCAACCUGCAUUUGUGGCGCGGUGCAGACCUUCGACAGUCGCACGGCGGAAUACAAAGAGAGCCACGACUACGAGGGGGGGAGGCUGCGGGAACCUAGCGUGGAGCUCUUUGACUAUCUAGACCCCCCAGUGGGCUUCUUAGACGACGAGGUUGCCGGUGGCGCUGAACAUGACGACGACCGCAGCAGCAGCCGUACACCAUCGGUGUGUCCCUCGCCGGAGUGGACGCCCUCGUCACCAACACCGAUCCGGGGACAAGAAAAAGAUCCUCGGAGCGGUGGCAGUUUGACGCGUAGUAGUCACGACAGCGGCAACACCGGUGGCAACUUGGAGUUUAACGAGAAUGCUGGGAUAUUGCGGAAGCGUUUGAUGUUGCCGUCGUCUGGCACGGAUGCUUACAACGAAGACAGCGCGACGCCAAGCACAUUCGAGGAGAGGGAGGAAACAGAAACAGAAGAAGAAGAAGAAGUAGUAGUAGUGCCGACAGAAAGCACAGUAACCAGCGUGCAGUGCUGUUGCGUUGAUAGCGAUCCCCCUCCGGUUCCGGAGAUUACCCCACCCUCCGCAUACGCCCACCCGCUGUUACAGGGCAGCUUAGAGGCACCCGCAGCGACGGUAACGUCGACUGCGUCGAGCAGAACCUGCGGGAAUGGCAGCAACGGCAACAACGACGGUAAAGCGGGCCGCUCCAAAUUAGAAUUACCGCGUGCCGCAGCGAUGGUGGUGGUCAGACAAUGUGAUGCCACCACAGUCCGUGUCACAUGCCCCUCCGCAGUUGGGGAGGAGGCGGAGUUUGAUGGCAUUUCGGGUGUCCCAAUGUGUCUCUCACCACGCAGUCUCACAAAUGAGGAGUUCUCCUCUCCCUCCGGCUUUCACCAACGCACCCCUUGCAUGAUUGGCGAAGACGAGAGCCUGUUUCCCACGGAUGGUACAUUUUCCUCCUCAAAUGAGGAUGUGGCGAUGCUCAAUCGGAGUAAAGAGUUUGUUUCCCCAGAGAAUAGCAGUGUAAACAGGAACAAUAACAAUAGUACGGGGACCCCUGGCAGUGUGGAGGCGUCGCCCAGGAGUCCACGGCCUAGUCACAGAUUAACAGAAACAACCCCCAACACACAUGCAUGGUCGACGGUACACAGCAGCAGUUUGGAAUCCUCGAAUCAGAACUUAGCUACCUGCAAUAGUGGGCCUCCGUUGACGGAGGAUGCCGCGACGGGUCAGCUGCACCAGUGCUUCAUCAUCUCAAAGGAGGAGAUCGUCAUUGAGGUGCAGAAAUCGCUACUCUCUGUCAACAUCAUAACCCCGGCUACCGAGAAAGAGCUGCAGAGUCAAAGCCUGACGUCGUACUCGGUCUCGCAGAACUUGGUGCUGAGACACCAACCCACAUCCGAAACAAUGGCGCUUGCCGAACUCACCGGCGCGACACAGCUGACAAAUAGCACACAAAGCCAAGUGGAAUCGGUAGCACCGGCACCAGAUGCAGCUCGUGGGGGUGGAGCUUGUGAGGACGGUAGCGGUGUUUACCCGACCAUUUUCCCGGAGGCAUUGCGGCUCUGUGCGGCGUAUCUGUGCUACUUUACUGGCGACGCAGGGUCGAUGGAACGACUGCAUCCGACGAUAGUUCCCGAGCCGCUCAGUGCUCCGCUGGUUCGUUUCUUGACUUCCUGGGAGCGUAGCUUUCUGUACCAUGAAAUUCUAGGCCAAACAGAGGAAGAGACGGCUUUGGCGAUGAAGGUUCUGUACCUCGCUCCCACUAUAAGCUACACCUUUGCGGCGCCCUUUUUACGUGAACCAGAUGUCUGUGCCGCACUACUGGUGAAGGCGCCUGACUCUAACCGCGUCGCUCUGCUUGCCGGCGUCAUUCGUGCCGCCAGGGCACUGAAGAUAUCGUCGCUAGAGAACAUGUGCCUUGCAUGGUGUGCAGAUUAUAUUAUACGCGCGAGCUACGCAUCUAUUAACUGCUUCGAAGCCGCUGCGCUGCUGCGUCAGUGCUUCAGCGUGCGGAGUGACUGGACAAAGAGGGAGAUAGAGUGUCUGAAAUUAGAGAACGAGUGGCCAGGCAACGACGAGGAGUAG